AAGCAGCAGCAGCAGCAGCAUCCAUCUGAUCUCGAAGGAAUCGGUAGGUACUUUGAGAUGCAUCGGUUCACAGAGCCAGACCAGCUAGCUAACUAGCUACCAAUGCCUUAUACUAUCGGGAUGUGAAUAUACUGAGUAGAAACCUUGUGAAUAUGGGAAGUGAAGUGCACAUCAGAUGGCCAGCGCAGCCCCUCUCGUGGUGGGAAGCGACAGCACUGCUGCAAAGCAAAAGCCCUCUGAGCGAACGACAGCAAGACAAGCCCGUGGCGAUGCGACACCGCUUUGUCUCAUUGCUGUCUUGCCCAGCCCCUUGGUUCUGGAUCUGACUUGCAGUUGUGGUCCUCUGCACUUGUUUGGAUCAUUCGAGAAGCCUUGUAAUGGCUUUCGAGUCGAGUCUUGUCUUGUCUUUUUCUGUGUCUCUUGUCUCUUGUCUCUUGUCUCUUGUCUUUUUUUGGCCUUCAACCCCCGUCCCAGAACAGAGCUUUUGUUACCACAGCUAUGCAGGGGCUUGUGGUCGUGGGGGGGUUUCUACAGUCAAACACCCUUGAACGAAAGAAGAGAGGGGAAGCACUUGAGGCCGCUCUGCUUUUUCAACAUAGCACGGCUGGGUAUCUCAGGUAGGUAUGUAGGUUGGUAGGCAUAGAUACCAGGAAAUCAACGCAGUGUUGGUGGUACUGCAGGUAGAUAGAUGCUUCUCACUUCCUCGACCCUUGAGUCGUCUUUCUACGAAGUACUGUAAGUAACCCCCGCCGGUCUCCCCGCUCUCCCUCCCGUCGAAAAGGUCGACGUCGUGCCAGGGACUUUGCUGGGUUUGUCUUGUCUUGGCGCCUCUUCAGGGAAAUCUAGUCAGGGGUGGCCACUUGAC